CAAAGUGCAUGUGUAUUCAAGCAUUUAGCCGUCGCAUUUGAAAGAAAAAUAUACAAGUGGGAAUACUCUGUGCAGCUGCCUCCCAUCACUACUUAAAAAUCUGAAUUUUAAAGACAUGUCAAAGGUUAAAUGAUGAAACCUAAUUGGACGAAGAUUUUAGCGCGUCUUACCUUGCUGUAAUACAAAAUUCACAAAUGUCGACAAUUUCUGGCCUCUGAAUUAUCUUAACGAUCGAAAACAACACACUGGGGGAUUAUUUCAUUGCCUACUAUCGUGUAGACUAUAAAUCAUUUUCUCAUACACUCAUAUACUACUCAAGGUCUAUGAUAACAGGAUUUUUGGACCGAACUCAAUGGCAAAAUUUAGUAGCUGGUGUCGCCGGUGGAGUAACAUCUGUAUUGAUUCUACAUCCAUUAGAUUUAGCCAAAGUUAGGCUGCAAGUGAAUGAAGGCACAGGUGUUGUUGCUUGCAGGCCUAAAACAACACGAGCAUUUCAAACUUUAUAUGAAAUUGUCCAAUAUCGAGGUUUUCGUGGUCUUUACCUGGGUUUAACGCCAAAUCUUAUUGGAGCUGGUAGUUCUUGGGGUAUAUACUUUUUUCUUUAUGAAGGCAUGAAAAGGUUUGCUCAACAUGGUGAAGAAUCUAAAGCACUUACAACUAUUCAAUAUUUGACCUAUGCUGCUGUAUCAGGCGCCAUAACAGUAUCCAUCGUCAAUCCAAUUUGGGUUAUUAAAACAAGACAGUGUUUACAGUAUGAAGAAGCGAUAAAGUCAAUGCAUAAAUCCUCGACAACAGUUCACUCGACUCAGUCAAUACCAAAAUCUACUUGGAGUGCAUUACGUAAUUUAUGGAUAAAUGAAGGUUUUCUUGGCUUGUAUCGUGGUUAUCUACCUAGUCUGUUUGGUGUUAGUCAUGGAGCGAUACAGUUUAUGUUCUAUGAACAUUUUAAAAACGCCUAUAAUAAAUACCAUUACAAUAGACCAGUGAAUGAAAAGUUGUCGGCUAUUGAGUAUUUAACAUUCUCCUCCACAUCUAAAUUGAUUGCAGCUGUGAUCACAUAUCCUUAUCAAGUGAUUCGGUCAAGAAUGCAAGAUCAGCAUAGACAGUAUAAUGGAGUUGUUGACGUUAUUCGACAAUUAUGGAGGUCUCAAUGUAUCUGAUAAGCAUUUGGUCUCUUUCGAUGUUACCUCUCUUUUCGCAAAUGUGCCAGUCGUUGAGACUAUCGACUUCAUAUGUAAAGAAGCUGAAGACAUACCCAUUCUAACAUCGGAAUUGAGGAAAUUACUACUUUUAUGUACUAAAAAUGUCCAAUUCCAAUUCAGCGGGCGUCUGUUCCGUCAAGUUGAUGGUGUCGCAAUGGGAAGCCCUUUGGGACCACUUUUCGCAGACUUGUUCUUGUCACGCCUAGAAACCAGUACCUUGCAGCAACAUAUACAAGAAAUAGAUGUAUACCUAAGAUAUGUUGAUGACAUUUUUAUUGUCUGCGAAAGCAGAUCAAAAGCGGAAGACAUGUUAACAAAAUUCAACUCAUGCCAUCCAAAUCUCAUCACAGUAGAACACGAGGAAAACGAUACUAUUAAAUUCCUAGACGUUUUUCUAGCCAAAAUGAAUGAUGGCACAAUCGAAAGAUCCAUAUUUAGAAAGUCUUCAUGGACAGGACAGUACAUGCAUUUCAAGAGCUUUGUUCCAAUCCAGUAUAAAAAGAACCUAGUCAGAACACUGUUCAAUAGAGCACGAAAAAUUUGUUCUGACAGUACUAUUGAACAUGAAAUAAAAUCUCUGAAGGAUAUUUUAUGUACAAAUGGAUAUCCUGAGAAGUUCAUUAAUAAAUACUCUAAAGAAACUACCCCUUGCAAAACAAUUCAGACAGUUCCAAAGAAACCUGUCUAUAUCAUUUUGCCAUUCAAAGGAGAUGACGUACAGGAAGUAGUGAAACGAAGACUCGACAAACCCAUCAAGAGAACUUAUUAUGCUGCAAAACUUGUUAUCCUUAACACCACCAAGCGAGUGCUUCAACAAUCCGAGAAAGACCAGUCGCCAAUCCUCGACACUUCAAACUGCAUAUAUCAAUUUGAGUGUGUUUGUGGCAGCAAAUACAUAGGUCGUACGGAAAGGCGAUUGUCUACUCGCAUGAUGGAGCAUUUGCCAAAAUGGUUGAAAACAGCUGAGUGCAAAGUGCCAAAAUCCUCAAUAACAAAACAUCUUGUGGAUUACGGACAUGAUAUCGACGCCGUCAAGUCAUUCACCAUUGUCAGCAAACAAAGAAACAAGAAGAUGCUUGCAAUUGCAGAGGCUUGUGCAAUUCGAAUUUAUAAACCAGCUCUCUGUAUACAAAAGGAGAUGGUCGUCACUCUGAAUCUAUCAUGG